AUUGUCCAUAUUCUGCUGUAUCGACCAACAGGACGUGGAGGGUUUCAGCCACCCAAACAUUUCUUUCAAAUGGGCCCCGUCGCCUAGCGUUUACUCCCCAGAGCCUCGCCGACUGAGUUGAGAAGGUGCUUAUUUCCAUCAGCACAAACGGUUCUAAAGGGUUUCCAUCUAAGGCACUGUUUACAAGGAUCUGUAGAAUGGCAGCUAUUCCGGCAGGCGGCUCUUUGGUUGCAACCCACGACUACUACCGAAGGCGUAUUGGCUCCACAUCCAGCAACAGCUCCUGCAGCAGUUCAGAGUACAGUGGGGAGGUCAUCCCUCACCAUCCGGGUCUACCCAAGCAAGACUCUGGGCACUGGUGGUCCAGUUUCUUCUUUGGGAAACAGGUUCAGAUGGGUACUCUUGCUGAAGAGAACCAACAGAAGGCUGGUGUGUUGACCAUGACUGAAGGACCAGUCACCUGUGUUGCCAGGGAGAUGGUGAUGAAGAGGCAGGCUAGUGAGAGCAGUGACUCUGGGAAGGCGGAGGUGGGGAGCCCUCCCCCCUCUUGAGCCCAGUGUCCCUGGGGCAACCAACGCUAGGAGACGGAGACGGCUCCUUACUUUCUUUCUUUUUUUUUUUUUAGUAGCACAGGCUGCUUUUAAUGGGGGGGUUUUUUUCUUUCAUUUUUACCUUAAAUUUUUUUAUAUCUAUGAUAAAAUAAAACUAAAAAAAGGAACACGAGAAGUUUUUGUAUGUUUUUACACAUGUGUAAGACUGGUGGAUUUGAUGUUUUGGUUCAAAUAUUUUUCACGUGAUCACCCUGUGUUUUUCAGAUUCAAUAAAAUAGCAUCAAGCAGCCUCAA